CAGCUGCAACUAAAUACCUACCUACCUAUCCAAACCAAUAAAUCCAUGCAAACAACGCAAUCUUGUUUUUGCAAUUAUAAAAAAUGCAGACUAUGUUAAUGUGAAAUUGAUGAAAUGUUAAUUUAUUAAAUAACAAUAUAUUAGAAAUAAUGUUUCUAUAGAUUUCUAUUUAAUAGAACAAAGAUUACAAUGUCAACCCCGCCGCCUCAGUCUCGUCGAUCUGGCGGCGAUAGUAAAAAACCUUCCCCACCGCCUUCGACUAUUGUUACAAGAAAUGGAGCCCGGAAGGCCAAGAUUCAAACUCGUGCCAUGUCUGCUGGUGCUAAGCCAUCUGCUUUAGUGCUGGCAGCUAAGAAAAAAGCUUUACAAAAGAAAAAACAGACAGUGGAUACUUUUUUAAGGGAUCACUAUCAAAUUGCCAUGGAAUCAAAACACAAAGUGAAAGGUCCAACCGGCUUCGUGACGGAGCCCCGUAUGGCUGAACACCGGUGCUUGUGGGACGGCAACUAUCCCGAGUGUCCGGAGCGACUCAUCAGCAUCAUUGAAAGAUGCCGAGAACUGAAUCUCAUCGAGCAAUGUCAGGAGUUUGCGCCGCGGGCGGCGACCAAAGAGGAACUGUUGACGCUACACGACCAUUCAGUUUACGAGAUGCUGGAGAAGACGCACAAUAACCAUGAUGAGGAAUACCUUGAGAGGAUCUCGGCGAAGUAUGAUGCUGUUUAUAUACACCCGAGCACGCACGAGUUAGCAUUGAUCGCGGCCGGUUCUACCAUAGACAUGGUAGACCGCAUUGUCUCUGGUCAAGUUCAGAACGGCGCCGCGUUUGUGCGGCCCCCGGGACACCACGCCAUGGCGGCCGAGCCGUGCGGCUACUGCUUCUAUAAUAACGUCGCUUUGGCGGCGAAACACGCUUUGGAUAAACAUGGCUUGAAGAGGAUACUCAUAGUGGACUGGGACGUUCAUCACGGGCAGGCGACGCAACAGAUGUUUUAUGAUGACCCGAGAGUGGUAUACUUCUCCAUACAUCGCUACGAACACGGUUCCUUCUGGCCGAACCUGCGCCAAUCUAACUACAACUACAUCGGCGCCGGCGCAGGGCGGGGGUACAACUUCAACGUUCCCCUCAACAAGACAGGAAUGACGGACCGGGACUAUCUCGCCAUUUGGCACCAGCUGCUGUUACCCAUGGCUUUUGAGUAUCAACCGGAGCUGAUUCUAAUAUCAGCGGGUUACGACGCUGCGAUUGGAUGUCCCGAGGGCGAGAUGGAAGUGACCCCGGCAUGUUACGCUACCCUCCUGCACCAGCUGAGGGCGGCGUGCCCGGCCGUGUGCGCGGCGCUGGAGGGCGGCUACUGCCUGCCGUCGCUGGCCGAGGGCGCCGCCCUGACGCUGCGCACCCUGCUGGGGCACCCGCCGCCUGUUCUGCAGCCCGCCGGGGAGCCCUGCGACCAAAUUAUAGACGCGAUCCUAAACUGCAUAUACGUACACAAGCCAUAUUGGAAAUGUUAUAACUACCAACCAACGUAUAGCAUAGACGCAACAGUGCCAAACGUGUGCGAUGGAAAGAAACAGAAGCAUACGGUAACGCUGAGGUGGGAGGGAGACGAAACGAGGCCGGAGACUUUCGCUACGAGGAACUGUUAUCCGCUGCAAGAUGAUAAAACUAAACGAGAGAUUGCGCAACGGCUCAAUCAUUUGAGAAUAGUGACGGAACUGCGGUCUCCGCGGCACGCAGUCGGCUACGUGUACGAUGAGGCCAUGUUGAAGCACAAGAACAUUUGUGAACCUGACCACGUGGAAUGUCCGGAGCGUAUAAUGAGGAUACAUGAGAGACACCGCGAUUUCGGACUAUUGUCUCGCCUGCAUAUGGUGGACGGCGCACGCGCAUCCGAUGAACAGAUACUGGCUGUGCACUCGAAGAGGCAUCUGAACAAGCUCAAAGAGUUGGCGACGACCAAACUGCGUGAUCUGAACAACCAGAAAGAAGCAUAUGACUCUGUCUACUUCCACCCUGACUCGUUGGAAAGUGCGGCCAUUGCUGCCGGCUGUGUCAUACAGAUGGUAGACGCGGUCCUUACCAACGUGGUAGGCAGCGGCGUUUGUGUGGUGAGACCUCCCGGUCACCACGCGGACGACGACUGCCCCAGUGGGUUCUGCCUGCUGAACUCGGCCGUCGCGGCGGCCGCGCACGCCGUGCAGGCCCACGGGGUGGACAGAGUCCUGUUGCUCGACUGGGACGUGCAUCACGGCAACGGCUCGCAGAGGAUCACGUAUGCUGAUAAUAAGAUACUGUACAUGUCAAUCCACCGUUACGACCACGGCUCUUUCUUCCCGCACUCCACCGACGCCGACCACACCGCGGUGGGGGAGGGGAAAGGGGAGGGGUACAAUGUCAACGUGCCUUGGAACAAGCGUGGCAUGGGCGACACGGAAUACCUAGCUGCGUUCACGCAAGUGAUACUGCCGAUCGCGUACGAAUAUAACCCCGAAUUGGUCAUCGUUUCAGCCGGAUUCGACGCUUGUGUGGGUGACCCGCUAGGAGGUUGCAAAGUAUCGCCGGAAUGCUACGGCCGUAUGACCCAACUCCUACACGGGUUGGCGGGCGGCAGACUGGUCCUAUGUCUCGAAGGUGGCUACAAUGUCACUAGUAUAUCCUACGCCAUGACAAUGUGCACCAAAGCCUUACUCGGUGACCCCAUCGGACACCACUACGAACAAAGAACAGCCCCACAUUGGACCGCGAUAGAAUCAAUCAAUAAUGUUAUCACAACACACAAAAAAUACUGGAAAAAUCUCAAGUUCCAACUAGCGUUGCCCAUAGAGAAUGUUCUAGAAGAACCUUUGCCAUCCAGAGGGUUAAAAGUUGAUGAGAAGUCAAGUAUGCCAUUGGCAAAUGCAGACUCCAAGAUUGAAAGCCAUUUGGACGGUUCGUUAGAGAGCAAUAUGGCGGAUUUGGCCAUAGAUAAACCUAUGGAUAGAAUUGACUGUGAUGGCGAUCGAAAUUCGAAUGUGAAAGAAAAAUCAGAAGACAAGUCUGUAAAUAUGAGCGUAGACAAACCAGUCUGCUCUGAUGGUAUUCACUGCGGUACAGACGACGAGGAUGAAAGUCCAAAUGUAAAGGAGAACAUAGACAAAAAAUCUGCAAAUACGAGCAUAGAUAAACCAGCAUGCUCGGGCGGUCAUUGUGGGAUCGGCGAGAAGGAUAAAAGAAAAGACAAUGAACCGUCAAACAGCAAGCAGUUAGACAAAGUUGAACCGUCAAGUAUUAAAGUAUGUAGUUCCAAAGACAAAAUUGGUGCCAUAGACACAAGUGGUCCUUCUUCAAGUACAGAGAAGACUACAUUAGUCGAUUAUUUAGCUGAGAACAUGCAAGCUAUAGUGAAUGGUGAAAUGUUUGCUGUGAUUCCGUUGGCUUGGUGCCCUCAUUUGGAGACUAUGUAUGCCAUUCCGGCCUCGGUGAAGUUUGAACAGGGAGUCAAAUGCGUGGAGUGUGAAGAGACUGUUGAGAAUUGGGUGUGUCUGCACUGUUAUGUUACGGCAUGCGGUCGCAGUAUAAACGGGCACAUGCAAUCCCAUUACAGAACGACGCAACACCCUCUAGUUUUAUCGCUAAUUGACCUGUCAGUUUGGUGCAACGAGUGUGACGCAUACGUCGACAACGCACUGCUAUACGACGCAAAGAACAACGCACAUUUGUGCAAGUUCGGCGAGGAGAUGCCUUGGUGCUACAAAACUGAUACUAUUCAUAUGCAAUAAAAUAAAUAGUAAUGAUAAUUUACAGACCAUAAUGCAAUACCCUCUAGUUUAAUCACUAAUUGACCUGUCAGUUUGGUGCAAUGUAUGUGACGAAUGCGGCGACAACGCAAAGCUGUGGGCACAUGUGUGAGUUGAACAGACAAGGUGGUGCUACAAAACUUUGAUAUAUUUUAACAAUUCUAGAUAAAACCCCACAACACUAUAGAAAAUUGAUGAUGACUUUUAACCUCUCUUUUUGUAGCGCACAAGUUUGCUUAAUUCAUUCAACGCAUAUUUGUGCAUGUUUGUAAAGAAGGUAGGCCCGUAAAGAAAACACUAAAACUAUUCAUUUGCACCGAUAUUUUUUGUUUUUUUUUAAUUUUCAACCGCCUAUUUGAAUAACAUCAGUAUUAUAAAUUGGUGCUUAUAGCGAAAAUACGGAUAAUCAGAAUGCACACGAAGUAUUUAGAAAUUUCUUUUGAUAGUAUAACAUUUUUAUAUUAAACAUCUAACAAUUUUAACAUAUUUAGGUGGUUGGGAUAUAAUUAUAGUGAUUAAUGGGGAUAUUCACGAUAUAGCUUUUCAUCGGUACCUUAUCCUUAAUAAGGCCGAUGUCUUAUCAAAAAACGUGAAUAGUUCUACAGAGUUAAUGGCGUAUUUUUACUUGAGAAACAACUACCUAUCUAAAAUUGAAUGAAUAACAUUAUAAUUUUUUAUCGCAAUCGUAAUCUAUCAAAAGCAUUUUAUAUUAUUGCUGAUUGUCAUUAUCACUGAAUUGAUUAAUAAUUAUAAUGAUAUUUAUUCAUAUGAAUAUUUAUUGCGUAUGUUUUAAUCACUAUGUAUUUAUAUUUUUGAUAUUGGUAUCGCACAAUUAGAUCUCUGUUAAAAACAAUCAUGUUGAAAUACCCAAAAUCCAUACAGAUUAAGGAUGUAGAAUCUUAAUUUGGGUUAAUUACAGAAAAACAAAAGAAAAACUCCAUUCAUUCGUUUCUUAAACUGUUAAUUAAUUUACCUACUUAAUAUUUAUUUUUAGUGACUUUUUAUGUUUUUUAAAUCUAGAACUAAAAAGUACAAGUACCUACAACGAGUGGCCAUUUUUCACUAUUACGUAUUGCACACUAGGUAUUAAUGACAUUGUAAUAAUUAACUACAAAUUUGCUAUUUGCUGCAAAUACAGUAUUACCACGUUUAUAAGACUAAGGGAGCACAACCUACAACCUAAUCCAACCGAAUGAAAACGCAUUAACCUUAUGUAUUACAAGUACAUAAAACUUAAAAUCCAAAACCAAAAUGUUUCCUGCUAUCUCGCUCGCUAGUAGGUUCAAUUCGCGGGGCCAAAUGGUGGUCUGUGAUCUGACAGGAUAUUUUGGCGCCAUACAAACAUUGAUUCCUUCGCCUUUACAUAUAACAUCAUCGAUGUAACUUAUAAAAGUUGUAAUACUGCACAAAUAUCUUAUUUUCCACUAAUUGGAAGAUUCAAUGCAGAGACGGGGAUAUUGGCGAAGAAGUGUUUUUAACAAAAUAUAAACAUGUUACUUGGUUGGUUGGCCUUGGCGCAGAUAUAAGCCACAAAAUUUUCAGGUGACCCGUAAAAGGUGUCACAGUCUGAUUGGCUUUUGUGUGCGACUAUGUUAAUAAUAUUUUCAAUUGGAGUUACAUUACAGUAUCUAUCUUACGUUAAACUUGCUGAAAACAAUACUUAAUUUCAAAGAAUGCUAACCACAAUAUAACGAAAAUAUCUCCUCUCUACUUUGAUAAAUGAUCAGUGUAUAUUUAUUGUAAAUACUUACAUUUUUUUUGCAUAUUAUGUAUUUAAUAUUGUUAUAUAUAUUUAUUUCAUUAGAUAAUAAGUCUUUUAACUCUUAAUGUGUUUAUGUGCAUUUAUUUGCAACUUGUUGUCAAUAUUUCUUAUAUUGACACCGAUUACCGAUUUCUUUUUAAUAAAAUUUGUUUCAAAAUUACGUCAGUAUAGAAUUGGAACAGUAUUUCAUGAUGAAUUUAACUUUUUAAAAUAAGUACUAUAAAAUUAAAGAGCUCUGAAAAUGUUUUGUUUUUAAAUCUCAGUAGUAAGUCAAUAAAGUAAUUAAUAUAAUAUUAUAAUAAUCAGCGGUAUAUACAACACACCUUGUACAUGUCUCAUUUUGUUUAUUUAUAAUAAUUAAUAGUUUUACUAAUAAGAGUGGUAUGAUAAAAAAUAUGAAUCUGAAACAUUUUGAAUUUUUCUCGUGUAACAAAACUAAUGUACAACAAGAAAUAGAUAAGUAACAAACUGAUUUUAUAGAAGUUUCCUUGUUUGUAAUAGUUUUUAAAAAUGUAACAUUAAUAUUUCUUUCUGUCCUUCAAGACCAUUGAUUUUGUAAUGUUCAAUCUGUGCAUCUUUUGUGCAUUAUUUUCUCUAUACCUUGAUGUAGGUUAGUAUAAGUUAUUGGCAAGAUUGUCAAGACAAUAAAAUUGCUCAUUCUAAAUCGAUGUUAACGUAUUAACGACACAAUAAAGUCAUAUCAUAUAUUUA